AUGUUUAUCAGGACAACUUUUCUCCUCUACCUUGCGCUCUCGUUCUCAAAACUUGUUCGGUGCAUGGAAAGUGAACUUUGCUUCCCUAUUAGAUUGGAUAACCAAAACCAUGACAGGAAGGAUUUUGACAAUGACGUAGAUAUCCUGAAUGGAAAACAUGUGUUAAAAAUACGAGCUUUCCGGCAGGAAUUAGUGAUCGAUUUGCACCAGGACUCUAACUUUAUUGCCCCUUCCAUUUCUAACCAAGACGCGUUCUGGCUCUCCAACAGCGAUGUAACCACUGACCUGAGCCGGUGUUUUUACUCAGGAUACGUGAAUGACGACCCGCAUUCUUACGCUGCUGUAAGCCUUUGUAAGGGUUUACAAGGUGCAUUUGGCUUCCAUGGCUGGGAAUAUUUUAUCAGCCCGGUGCAAAAUGACACCACAAGCGCAGAAGGUGCGCACAUCAUCCGGCGCAGAGCCAGCAACAACCUGAAGCUCAACUCGACCUCCAGGUGCGCAGUAGACAGUGACAUAAGUCUCCAAGUGGCACAAUCGCUGGAGAAAUACAAGCGACUAAAAGAUGACAACAAUUCGACCGAAACGUUGCUGAAGAGGAUGGGGAGAGCCAAACGUUUCGCCUCCAUCCCCAGGUACGUGGAGACGCUCGUGGUGGCCGACGAGUCCAUGGCUCAGUUCCACGGAGAUGACCUAAAACACUACAUCCUGACACUUAUGGCAGUGGCAGCGAGGCUCUACAGGCACCCCAGUAUUCUCAACUCCAUCAGCAUCGUAGUAGUGAAGAUCGUGAUUAUAUCCGAGGAGGACAAAGGACCCAAGGUGUCCGGGAACGCAGCCAUGACGCUGCGAAACUUUUGCACUUGGCAAAAAAAGAUGAACAAAAACAACGACAAGCAUUCAGACUACUGGGACACAGCCAUCCUUUUCACUAGACAGGAUCUGUGUGGCGCCUCCACCUGUGACACUCUUGGUAUGGCGGAUGUCGGCACCAUGUGCGACCCAAAGAGGAGCUGCUCUGUGAUCGAAGACGACGGCCUACCUUCAGCCUUCACCACGGCUCAUGAGCUCGGACAUGUGUUCAACAUGCCACACGACAAUGUGAAGGCCUGUGAGGACGUGUUUGGGAAACUACAAGACAACCACAUGAUGUCCCCCACUCUCAUUCAGAUCAACCGCACCAGCCCCUGGUCCCCCUGCAGUUCUGCCAUCAUCACUGAAUUCCUGGACAGCGGACACGGUGAAUGUUUGCUCGACCAGCCUCAGAAACCGUUGGUCUUCCCCGUCAUACUGCCGGGAACAUCCUACGUCCUGGAUCGUCAGUGUGAGCUUGCGUUCGGAGAAAACUCCAAGCCGUGUCCCUUUAUGCAACCACCAUGUGGCCGUCUGUGGUGCACCGGAAAAUCCAAUGGCCAUUUGGUGUGUAUGACCCGGCACUUCCCCUGGGCAGAUGGCACCAGCUGUGGGGAAAGUAAGGUCUGCGACAGAGGGGUCUGCUCGGACAAACACUAUUAUAAUGUGAAGGUGGAUGGCCGCUGGGGUAGGUGGGGCCCGUUUGGUUCCUGCUCACGCACAUGUGGAGGGGGCGUCCAGCUGUCUAAAAGAGAGUGCAACAGCCCAGUACCAUCAAAUGGGGGCAAAUACUGCCAAGGGGUUCGGGUCAAAUACCGCUCCUGCAACCUGAACCGCUGCCCUGAUACAGGACACACAUUCCGCGAGGAGCAGUGUGCGACCAUGGGCCGUACCUUCAUCAGUAACCGCAUCGACCCCGCUUCGGUGUGGCUGCCCAAAUACUCUGGAGUGUCCACCGACGACAGGUGUAAACUCAUCUGCAGGACGAACGGCAGCGGCUACUUCUAUGUCCUGGCACCCAAGGUUGUGGACGGGACUCCAUGCUCUCCAGAUUCCACUGGAGUGUGUGUCCAAGGAAAGUGCAUCAAGGCGGGCUGCGAUGGAACAAUUGGCUCCAACAAGAAGUUUGAUAAGUGUGGAAUCUGCGGUGGUGAUAGCAAGGGCUGCAAGAAGGUGUCGGGACUCUUCACAAAGCCUCAGCAUGGCUACAACUUUGUGGUCAUAUUACCAGUGGGUGCAGCCAACAUAGACAUCCGUCAGCGAGGCUACAAGGGAAUGAGGAGUGAUGACAACUAUCUGGCGCUUAAGAACAGCGAGGGCCACUACCUGCUCAACGGGAAGUACGUAGUGUCAGCUGGAGAGAGGGACCUCAUCGUGAAGGGAAGCCUGAUGCGCUACAGUGGAACAGCCGGCCUCUCAGAGACCCUGACGGCCGUGAAGCCUUUGGGGGAAUCCCUGACUGCGGAGGUGCUGUGUGUCGGCCAGAUGACGCCGCCUCGAAUCCGCUACUCCUUCUACCUCGCCCGGCAGAUCAAGGAGGACAAAGCUCUCAAGAAGGACGGACGUGUUAGCUCCCAUAACAGCGUCCUGGCUGAGGAUAGUGUCAAGAAGAAAGGGGGAGACACCCUGAAGAAGUCUUAUAGCAAAGAGGAUCCCGCUCUUGGGAAGUGGAUAUCCUCGGGCUGGGAUCAGUGCUCAGUGACCUGCGGUAAUGGGAUGCAGAGGAGGAUGGUGCAGUGUCUCAGACUGGACGGGAAGCCAGGGCUGGACUGUGAUCCUUCACAAAGACCCCCAGCCACUAGGGUUUGUGGAGACCCCUGUCCUGAGUGGCAUAUUGGCCUGUGGUCACCUUGCUCCAGAACCUGUGGGAAGGGCUUCAAGAGAAGGCCGUUGCACUGCACAACCCAAAAUGGGCAUCUGCUCCAAAGAGACCACUGCAUUGGCUUACGCAAGCCACAGGAGCUGGACUUCUGUAACCUAAGGCCUUGCUAGUGACUUGAAAAAGUAUAAACUACAAAUCUUUGUUCUUUUUUAAAUUGACUGAAUUGAAUCCACCUGCAAUAUAACACAUGCUGUGUCUGUCGGGUGCAGAUUGUUCCACCUGCAUCAUGGGACACUUGCUUGGAAGAACCAAAAGAAUAUUGGAAGGAGAGUGAAAUCCGCAGGAUAAUUGCUGGAAGAUUUGUUUCACUGCCAUCACUCUUGACUUUUUAAAGACACGAUCCAGGUCUGACUCUGAUUUUGGCAAGAUAACAUGAUAGAGGGUCAAAUGAAAUGAAGUUGAAUCCUGUGUACUGUCAGCAAAUACAGAAUGCACAUUUGCAAGCAAUCAAUCAAGUUUACCUUACGGGUCUGGAACCCAUUUUAUAUCACAAUGUUUUAACUGUUCAGGUUUCAAAGUUUUACUUGAGUCUUGCAAAUAGAUGAUUGAACCCUUCUGGUUGUCCAGAAAAUGACUCCCUUCCUUUUCCCAAAGAAAAUCUAUCAGUAUUGACGUGCAUAACUUUUUAACUUCAUAACUAAAAUAUAAUACCUACACUUUUUCAUACAAAGAAGGACAGUCAAUUUGGUUAUUUAAUAGUAUGGGCGCUCUUAUAGGCAUUUUCUUCCAGGGAAUCUUUUGAAAUGCCAGAAUUGAUUCAGAAAUGAAAUGUAUCACCUCAUUUAUAUGGUUGUACAUAAGCAGCCUUAACUUUUAUGCUGGUGCUGCAUUGCUUCUACAAUGCAAUUAUAUAAUUUUAAAGAGGCCCUAUUAUGCUUUUUGAGGUUUUCCUUUCCUGUAGUGUAUUAUAUACGUUUUUUUGUAUGUAAAUGGUCUGCAAAGGCUUACAUUCCAAAGUUCCCUCCAGAGGGAGUUUCUCUCCCCCCGCACCUGAAACGCCUUGAUUGAACUCCUUUAUUUACUUGACAUCACUAUGUAACACUCACGCUCCUAUUGGCUAGCACUUGUACAUGAUAGGCUAAGGAGCGGGACAUCUCUAAGCGCAACAGAGCCGGCCUGGUUCCAGACAGAGGGUGAAAAGAGAUACAGGCAGUAUGAGAAAAAUAAAGCAUGUAAACAUGUCACAGUAGAGGCAAUAAAUACAAAUAUGAACCUGAAAACGAGCAUUAUAGGGCCCCUUUAAAAAUAUUUUGUAUGUGGAGCUGCAACGAUUAGACAAUCAACAGAUAUUGGUGAUUCAUCAGGCUGGCCCAAACAUUGCAUUUCCCAUCUGAAAUAAGGGCUUAGCCUGAUAUCACACGCACACAAUAACACACAUGCUGUGUUAAAUCACCGCUCCUUAUGUUUGAUCGCUUCCUUCAUGUCCUUUAUCAUUUCCCCCACAACAUUUGUCUACUCAGUUCAUCACGUUCAGCCAUGCUAAGCCAUGCCUGUCUGGCAAAGUUACCACAGAUCAUUUAUUAUCAAUGAAACAAUAAAGCAGAUAGUGGAAGAAAACCUGGCAGGCCUUCUGUUACGCUGUACAGAGUGUAUGUGUUUUCCUGGACCUCCUUGUUUAUGGCCCCACAGCCUGAGCCAAGCUGUUCUUCUAGACACUUUCUGAAAUCCUGUAAUCUAUUAUAUUCUUGUUUUGCUUCCUAAUGGGGCCACAUUGUCCAGUGCAACGUCCAACUAUGGGAUGGAUCCAGCGUUAGUUGGAUUAUCAUUUUAAUUUGAUCAGCUUUUGCACUUUGUACAGCAAAAGAAACCUAUGACCUACAUGAGCUGUAUUGUAUACUAUGUAUAUUUGUAUUCAGCUCUGUGAAAAACUAAUGUAAAUACUUUUUAAAUCUUUUUUUUUUACACAGACAUUUGUAAUUGUCUUGGACUUCAGUGUAUUUAUUCCAAAAAUAAAGCCAUUCAUGUACAGUUA